CCGCACCCCCAAGCUGCCACUACAGCACUCAGAGUGGCAGCUAGAGGCUCGGUCCAUGCCGUGCCCCCUGGACAGUGCUGGCGAGGCUGAGCAAGAGGCCUCGACAUCUCGACACCUAGGAUUGCAGGGACAGAGCGUCACCAGGGUAGAGGACCAUGUUGCGCCGCAAACCCUCCAACGCCAGCGAUAAGGAGCCUACUCAGAAGAGAAAGCUCUCACUUCAGCGCUCCAGCAGCUUCAAGGAUUUUGCCAAAUCCAAACCCAGCUCCCCCGUGGUGAGCGAGAAGGAAUUUAAUCUGGAUGAUAAUAUUCCAGAAGAUGACUCAGGUGUCCCUACCGCAGAAGAUGCUGGGAAGAGUGGCAAAAAGCUGGGGAAAAAGUGGAGGGCUGUGAUUUCCCGAACCAUGAACAGGAAGAUGGGCAAGAUGAUGGUGAAGGUGCUGUCAGAAGAGAUGGGAGACACUCUGGAGGAGGGCUCAGCCUCCCCGACAUCCCCAGACUGCACCCUGGACAGCCCCAGCCCUGAGAAGAUGGCACUAGCCUUUUCUGAGCAGGAGGAGCGUGAGCUCCCGGCCCUUAGCCGUCAGGCAUCCACAGGCAGUGAGCUCUGCAGCCCCAGCCCAGGCUCCAACAGCUUUGGAGAGGAACCACCUGCCCCCCAGUACACAGGGCCCUUCUGUGGCAGAGCACGAGUCCACACCGACUUCACUCCCAGUCCCUACGACCAUGACUCGCUGAAACUGCAGAAAGGGGAUGUGAUCCAGAUCAUUGAAAAGCCACCUGUGGGCACGUGGCUGGGCCUGCUCAAUGGCAGGCUGGGAUCUUUCAAGUUCAUCUAUGUGGAUGUGCUGCCUGAGGAGGCUGUGGGGCCUGCCCGUCCCAGUCGCCGACAGAGCAAGGGCAAGAGGCCCAAGCCCAAGACUCUGCAUGAGCUGCUGGAGCGCAUAGGCCUGGAGGAGCAUACAUCCACGCUGCUGCUCAAUGGCUACCAGACACUGGAGGACUUCAAAGAGCUGCGAGAAACACACCUCAAUGAGCUGAACAUCAUGGACCCACAGCACCGGGCCAAGCUGCUCACAGCCGCCGAGCUACUGCUGGACUACGACACCGGCAGCGAGGAGGCAGAAGAGGGCGCCGAAAGCAGCCAGGAGCCGGUGGCAAACACAGUGUCUGAACCCAAAGUGGACAUUCCUCGAGACUCGGGCUGCUUCGAGGGCUCAGAGAGCGGACGAGAUGAGGCAGAGCUGGCAGGCGCUGAGGAGCAGCUGCACGGCCUCUCCCUGGCCGGGGCACCUUGAGGCAGAGGUGGCGGCACAGGCCGAGGCUGGGCCCAAGCAGCAAAGACUGCAGGGAUGGACCCGGCCUCCCACGGUGGCCCAGACCCUGGAGGACUGGUGCUGAGCCUGGCCCUGCUCCCCUAGGAGCGCCCAGGGCUGCAGGGGCCAGCCAGGGCCCCAUGGGCUUGGCUGGAGUGGAUGAGGAGCCACCCAAGGGCACAUCCCACCCGCCCAGCCCCCUCCCUCACCCAGCUACUGACAGCACAGAACUUCCAGGCACCACCUGCUCCCAGCCACAGCAAGUGGGACACUGAGGGGCCACCCUACCCAUGCCCCUCACCACCGAGGCCCCCAAACCCUCCUCACCCCCACACCACUUUUCCCUGUCACGCUGCUCCUGAAAAGGGGGCCAAGUCAGUGUUUCGGGUCAGUUUCAAAACCCUAGGGAAGCUGGCCCUUUAAAAGGAUCCUAACUGAUCAUGGGUAGAUACAGAUUUCCCCAAACAAGGCUUGAAGAAAGCCACAUGUACCUUUCCCACAUUCCUUCUCUUUAAUUUUUUUGGAGGUUUGGCCACUAAUUGGUGGGGAUUAGAAUGGAUGCUGCUGGGGGCCUUGCCAGCUCUGACAUUCUGGGACAUUAAAUGUCUGCUCUCCUGUUACCUGUGGCCCAGGACACCAGUGGGGUUUACUGAGGGAGUUGAGGGGGCUCCUGCCACUCAUUCAUUCCAUACCGCCCCACAGAACUCAAGGCAAGCUGCAGCUUCCCCCAGCUUAAAACAAUGUCCAGACCUCAUGCAACUCGCACUCUCCCCUUCCACUCCUGGCCCCAUCCAAUGACACUUGCCCUGAAGGCUGAUGGCAGAUGGUCAGAUCUGGCUUCCAAGGACAGAACUGCCCCACGAAAGUCACGUGCAAGUCUGAACUCAGACUUGGCCACCUGUAUGGGUUCUUACAAGCAAAGAAAGCACGAAGCAUGACACUGGGGAGUCCGCCACCCCAACUUGGCUUUGCAAAUGUUUUGAUGCACCCUGGGCUCCAGAAGGGGAGGAAGCAUCUCUGUUGGUGGGAGUCUCCCUUGACCUCAGUACCAAGUCUGUGCCCUGAAUUCGCAGAGUGACCCUUCCCCAGGGCUCAACGGACCUGGGGACAGUGCCCACUACAUCUAGGACUGCCUGCUUAGUAAACACACUUCUGGACCUACUAUAAGGAACUUUGGUAAAAGCUAGCUUGGGGGAAGGAUUUGGGUGUAAAUAUGAGGGGAUGGAGGGGGCUAAGUUGGCAGCAAUAAACAUAGGUAGAACUAAUUAAAGUCUCCAGUUAUCUUUCCUAGGAGAGAGGGUUGGGGGAAGGUCAGACCAGUAUCCUUCAAAGCCAGACUCAGCAAAAUGACCUCCAUUGUCCUUUCAGGGACAUCUGUCCCUUCCCUGAAGAUGCCCACUGCCCUUGAUCCUGCCAACCUAAAGCUCCAAUUUGAAGUGCUAAUGGUCUCUGCUCUUCCCACUAACCAGCUCUCCUCAGAGUACAGGCUCCCAGGGCCACAGGCCUUGCUGGGGUCUGAGAGUGGUCUCGUCCUAGAAUGAUUACUUAACAAGAGCCUUAAGGACCUCCGCAGUGUGGAACAGCCAGCACUAGGGGCUGUCCAGGGUCCAAAAGGGAGAGAUUUGGAUUCGGCAGGGCCUUCCCUCUGAGGCCACCUCCUCUUGGGCCCCACCUCGUGCCCACUGAAGCUACACCAUCUGCCCCGGGAGGCGGGACAGUGACGAAGAGCCCAGGCUUCCUUUGUUUCUGCCGGCAUUAACUGCACUAGGGAGGGCAAACUGGAGUGAGGGCUGCCCCCGGAGCGAAGACAAGGCCACUCUGCUUCCAGGCUUUGUUCUCAGCUGCAGUCAUCCCACCGCCCUUAGUGGCUGUGGGCAGCAGGAAACGGCAAGCAUUAUCCUCACCAAAGAAACAAGGAGAAGCCCAUCCUCAAAGUCCCAAUGGUACUGACUGUUGUCACUUCGUGGGCACCAACACUGGUACUGAGAGACCAAGCACUUUGCAUUUAUGCUCUCGAUCUUCACAGUACCCCGCUGAGGUACCUACCAUCAUCUUCCCAUUUUACAGAGGAGGAAACUGUAGCUCAGACAGGUUGAAGGAGUUGAGUAGGGAGUCCAAAAAGCUUUCAGAGGCCCCCGGCCCUCUGCGGGCAAUCUGACCCUCCAUAACAUGCCUUGGACACCCUUUGACCCCACCAUUCCCCUCCCAGGAUUUGAUCCACAUGAAGAGCCACACAAGUGCACAUAGAUACAUGCACAAAAAUAUAACAGCUUUGUCUGUAAGAUUAAGAAAUUGGAAACAACACAAAUGGGGAAUUAGUUAGAUACAUGAUAGUUCAUUCACACAAUACUAGGCAGCCAUUAAUCAUGAUGUAGAAAAAUAUCUAAUGACACAGGGAAAAUCUUCAUCAUUUUUUAUUGUUUAAUUAAAAAUUUUAAAAUUAUACAAAGAAUGUACAUUCCAUUUUUAUUUAAGAAAAGGAAAACAUACAGAAUAAAGACUGGAAAGAUCUGUA